AUGGCCGACAAACAACAGGAGCACGAAAGAAAGGUACAGGAGCACCAGCUUCAAUAUAACAAAUACCAAGAACUUUUGACGGAUCUCCAGAACCAGCUCUCGGCGCUUUCUUCCCAGAUCCAGGAGCACAGUGUGGUCGACAAAACCUUGACCCAGAUUCCCCCUGAGAAGAGAGAAGGUCGCAAAUGUUACAAGAUGAUCGGUGGAGUUCUCGUUGACAAGACAGUCGAUGAGGUUUUACUCAUUCUUAACCAGGAACAAAAGGAAUUGGUGAAGUCCAAGGAAUCAUUGAUGAAGGAACUAGAGAAAGUCAAGCAGGAGCUCAAUGAAUGGAUGACCAAAAACAAGGUGAAGAUUGUCAGAAAAUAA